GAGUGGUUGUGGUCCUGGCCUGUGCAGGAAAAUCUGUGACUCUGUCCAACUUGAGGCCUGCCGGGGCUCGCUCCAAUUGCGUGGGGUCAUUGGGGAAGCUGGAGAGAGGGAGAAGGAGGGGACAUAGGGGCAGCCGUGGGGUCACCAUGGCGUCCCAGUCCUCUUACCAGGUAGAGGAGGAUGAGAGUCUGAAGGAGUGUGAGCUCUAUGUGCAGAAGCAUGGCGUCCAGCAGGUCCUCAAAGACUGCAUCGUGCACCUGUGCAUCUCCAAGCCCGACAGGCCCAUGACAUUCCUGCGGGAGCAUUUCGAAAAGCUAGAAAAGGAAGAAAACAGACAGAUUCAGUCGCAGCAGAAGUCAGACUCACACGAUGAGGAGGUCUCCCCAACCCCGCCAAACCCCGUGGUGAAAGCUCGCCGUCGCCGAGGGGGCGUGAGUGCCGAGGUGUACACGGAGGAGGAUGCUGUAUCCUAUGUGAGGAAGGUCAUCCCCAAGGACUACAAGACCAUGACGGCGCUUGCCAAAGCCAUCUCCAAGAACGUGCUGUUUGCUCACCUGGAUGACAACGAGAGAAGUGACAUAUUCGACGCCAUGUUUCCUGUCACGCACAUCGCUGGGGAGACCGUCAUACAGCAAGGGGACGAAGGAGAUAACUUCUAUGUGAUUGACCAAGGAGAAGUAGACGUGUAUGUGAAUGGAGAGUGGGUGACCAGCAUCAGUGAAGGGGGCAGCUUUGGGGAGCUGGCGCUCAUCUAUGGCACCCCCAGGGCAGCGACCGUGAAAGCCAAGACGGACCUCAAGCUCUGGGGCAUCGACCGGGACAGCUACCGGCGUAUCCUCAUGGGCAGCACACUGAGAAAGCGCAAGAUGUAUGAGGAGUUUCUCAGCAAGGUCUCCAUCCUGGAGUCCCUGGAGAAAUGGGAGCGCCUGACUGUGGCAGACGCCCUGGAGCCUGUGCAAUUUGAGGACGGAGAGAAGAUCGUGGUCCAGGGAGAGCCCGGGGACGAUUUCUUCAUCAUCACGGAGGGCACAGCCUCCGUCCUCCAGCGCCGGUCCCCCAACGAGGAGUACAUGGAGGUGGGGCGCCUGGGGCCCUCCGACUACUUCGGGGAGAUCGCGCUGCUGCUGAACCGGCCCCGGGCGGCCACCGUGGUGGCCCGGGGGCCGCUCAAAUGCGUCAAGCUGGACCGGCCCCGCUUCGAGCGCGUGCUGGGCCCCUGCUCUGAGAUCCUCAAGAGGAACAUCCAGCGCUACAACAGCUUCAUCUCCCUCACCGUGUGAGCCCUGCAGCCCCGCGGCCCUGCGUCCAUGUGGUGGCGUGCUUGUCUGUGUCCGCAGGCCGCGGGGAGGCGGGCACCCCGGCAGUGCAGGGCCAACCCCCAGACUCGUGUUUGGAAUAAAACAAUCACCCUGUGCAUUUCAAAAGCAAAGGUUCCCCCAAGACCCCCAGGCUGAGGAGAUGCUGGCGCCCCUUCCCAUGUGCCCCCUUCUCGUUUGUGGGCUCAUCUUCUGAGACCCGAGUCUCUGGGGGCACAGGAGCCAGCUUGCCCCCAGUGGCCAAGGGGCCAGCUGUGAGUUCAGGAUGCCCAGAGUGGGCUGGGUCAGCCAGGUCAGUCCAUGCAGUUGUCCGCAUGCCCUGGGGCCCUGAGCAUCAUGUCACCAGGUCUACAGUCCCGAGUGUGGAGUGGUGACCUCUGGGGGGGGGGGGGUGUCCCGCAAGGACCCCUGGCUUCCAGGGUAAGAGAUUGUAAGGGUCCCUGCUCCUGAGGGUCUCCCCAGGGAUGCCAGGUGUGAAAGCCUGUGGUGAUGGAAGGCAGCUCCUCCCUCAUAGAGGAGGAGGCCUCAUCUGACUGCACGAGAGCCCUGCCCCGCCCAGGCCCAGGCUCACAGGAACCCUUAGAGGAAGAACGUGGUCAAGUGGCAUGUCCUGGCCUUCGCUGCGGAAGGCACGGCGGGAGCUGGGGACUCCAUGACCUGGGCAGCACCGUUCUCCUGGAGUCGGGUGGGGGCCAGGAUCGUGUCUGCUCUUCCACUGCUUUGCAAAGCGCUUCUUGGAGAUCUUCUGAUGGAGGGGAGGGGUUGUCUAGACACGUUCUGGGUCAAGUUGUGAGAGCCAGAGCCCCUUUCUGAGUUGUCAAGCGGAUGCUCCGCUGGACACGUGCUCUUGCCCCGGGAGACGCGCUGAGGCCGCACCCUCCUGAUGCAGGACAAAUAUCAACCAAACAGCCCCAGGCCCCACACCCCCAAGUCCAUGACCCCUUAGAUGUAUUUUCUGGCCAAGUCCUCGAAAGCAAGAGAGGCCUGGGGGCAGUGUAGAGCCUCGGGGUGGUUUCUGGAGUCUGAAGUACAAAUGAGAUGGCGCAGUUACCCUGAUUUUGCCCUCCCUGUGCCCUCCCGGGGGGCUGCCAGCCCUGCCUCUGCCCGCGGACUUUCUGUGAUGCGUGAGCCUGCCCUGUUUAUUGCGAUGUUCUCAAUGCUGCAUGUACUAUUAAAUGUGCAAUGAAGUACCUCCUCCUGA